AUGGGUGAAUACGCCCUUGAAGGCGCCUGUCAAGCUCACAACAUGACCAAAGUUCACACCUUCUCUUUCUCUCUCACACCUUAUUCCAGACUGGUGGAGGGCUGCAGAAUGAACUUCCUCGAACUGCCUAACGAACUUCUCCUCGAAAUCGGGACGUAUCUCCAGCUCGAUCCUCUGGACACCAUAACGCAGGCUGCCCAGACUUGUCGACGGCUCUAUGAUAUCUGGAUAUCACAAAUCCUUGCCGAACGCGUCGCCACCAUCAAGUCAAUGAUGCUUGCAAGGAAGGUGUUAAUCUGCGACCGUCGUGAAGUUAUGACCCAUACUACAUUCGAACCAGGAGCGCCCUUUCAAGGCUCGUAUUUCCAGGCAAUCAUCCAGGUUCACCCCGCAAUAAAAAAGAAGGAACUGGCCGCGAUUCGUUCCUUUAUAUGUCGCGUAACGACUCUUGAAUGCGCAGACAUACAACUUUGGGAUUUCAACGACAUUCCGAAGCUGGCGUACAUCCUGAGGGCGUGUGCGGAACGGCCAAAUCUGCAGUUGGAUGUCACGAACAUGUAUCCGCGCGCCUGGGACGCCGGCAAAGAAGGAGGCCCGUUCGCGUUCGAUUUCUCGCAGCACAACCCCAUACUUUCUUCUGCCCCGAAUCCCUCGACUUCUACAAACCGAAUGACGAAGCUUUUCUUCGACGUGUUUCGCCCUCUUUUCACCCUAUGGCCACGGCGAAGCAUAACAUGCAAUGGAAAUACGACAAAGGUCCCUCCCGGCGCCUCUUCACCCCCCGCCACGUAUGGCACUUCGUAUACAGUUAUUCCGCGCAAACCAAGACAUACCAUCGCAGUCUCUCGUAAACCCUUACUCGCAGGAAUCUCAUUCGACGGAAGCGAAUGGUUUUCUGCCUCGUUAUAUCCAUGGACCAUCCACACCCUCAAUAAUGCGCCUAUUACGCGACUUUCUGUUGACAAGACCUCACUUACCCUCUUCGACUGGUGUCAUAUCCUCCCUUCGAUCACCAUGUCUUCAUUAACACAGCUGACGAUUGGGAACCUCUCUAUCGCUUUCCCAGAUCUCCGCUCGUUCCUCCAACGCCACCCUACUAUCACAACCCUCGACCUUGCUGGGAACCAAGCUGUCGGAGUGGUCGAUCUUCCAGCAGCGGAUUCGGACCCGUCAUUCCUUCCGUCCCUCCAAUCCUUGACUGCCAACUCUCAAUACAUGCUCCCAUUCGUUCAAUACCAGGACCGUGGCAAUUUUUCGCUACUUCACAAACUCCACGUGAAGCCGCUGCGAAGCACGAGUGCACCGUCGGAGAGAGAUUACCCUUACCCGGUCGAUCAUCUCUACCCAAUCUUCGACGCUAUCGGACGCAACCCGGACAGAAAGCUCGCUUUGGUCAUCGACAUGCUGGAUUCCAGUGGACUCCUUGACUGGUUGAUGCACCGUUCAUCAAAUGAACCGAUGCCAUUGAACGACGACAACUCAGCCCACUCUCAUCAUCCGCUUCCGGGUCUUGAAGAGCUGCGCGUCGGUGCUCGACUGGAUAAAUUACUGAGCACCCGACUGCUUUGGGACAGAUGCCCCAAUCUAACUGCAAUCAAACUGGGCAGAGAGGGCCGGUCGGAGGAGGCUGUCCUGACGAGGUCUUGGCCGCUAGAUGACGCCGCCCCAAGCAUUGCUCCUAACAUAUAG